ACGGCAGCACCGCCGUGACGAUGUCGCCUGACGUGCCGCUGUUCAUGCAGGUUCUCUGCGCAUGCCUUAGUCUCAUCGCUGGAGGCGCUGCGAAACCCUUCGACGCUGGAAACAUCAUGCUUCGCUACGAUGCUGGCCUGCCGCGACACUUCUGCGGGGGCGGAUACUUCGGCCAGUCUGCUGACCUCACCAGUAUUCAGGCGCAUCGACACGUGGAUGGUCUUUUCGACUCACCAACUGGGGGCACGAUGACGUCAGGACGCAUGCCCAGAAGGGAUCAGCUGUAUGCUAUAAAAGCAUACCCUUCGCCUACCAGCUUCAGUGGACACGGCAGCACCGCCGUGACGAUGUCGCCUGACGUGCCGCUGUUCAUGCAGGUUCUCUGCGCAUGCCUUAGUCUCAUCGCUGGAGGCGCUGCGAAACCCUUCGACGCUGGAAACAUCAUGCUUCGCUACGAUGCUGGCCUGCCGCGACACUUCUGCGGGGGCGGAUACUUCGGCCAGUCUGCUGACCUCACCAGUAUCCAGGCGCAUCGACACGUGGAUGGUCUUUUCGACUCACCAACUGGGGGCACGAUGACGUCAGGACGCAUGCCCAGAAGGGAUCAGCUGUAUGCUAUAAAAGCAUACCCUUCGCCUACCAGCUUCAGUGGACACGGCAGCACCGCCGUGACGAUGUCGCCUGACGUGCCGCUGUUCAUGCUGGUUGGUGACCGAAAAAAUGGCUUCCGUAGUGAUGUUCUUGGUCUUAUAGUGCUGCCGUGUCCGCAGGCUGUCGUUGACUCUAUAUGCGACUGUUUUUCUAUUGCGGCCCUGUUGUUGAGUCUCUCUGGGGACGUGGAGGAAAAUCCAGGUCCAUUAACAGAAGUAACGUGCAGGGAAAUGCUCCAAAACCAGAAAGACAUUUUGUCUAAACUCACUGCGGUUCAAGACAAGCAAGACUCGUUUGAAACAAGAAUUUUAGACAUGCAGAACCGGAUUCUUCUUAUUGAGAGUAAGGUACAAAGCUUAGACGAGACUCAGAACAGGCUCGCAACUCUUGAGGGAAUUGUAGCUGACCACAGCGUUGAUACAUCUACUCUGGUAAAACAUCUGGAUGAUCUGGAUAAUCGUUCACGACGAAAUAAUCUUAUCAUUAGAGGAAUUAAAGAAGAUGACCACGAAAAUGAAGAGACCCUAUUAAGCAAAGUAAAGGACGAAAUCUUCAGCGCUACUCUGAAAGUGAAUGUAUCUUCUAUUGAACGAAUUCAUAGGUUAGGCAGGAGGAUUUCUGGUAGAACUCGACCAGUUAUCCUGAGGGUGGCAGACUAUAGGGAUAAAAUGACAGUUUUGCGGAACUGCACAAAACUGAGAGACACAGAUUACAGCGUAAGCGAAGAUUUCUCUAAAAGAGUGCAGAGAAUAAGAAAAAAGCUAUGGGCCUCGGCGAGUGAGGAGAAGAAGGCAGGAAAGAAGGUAAAGCUGCUUUUUGAUAAAUUAAAAGUAAACAAUACGCUCUACAGCUGGAAUGAAGAACGUGAGGAAAGGUGCAAACUGCGUACUGAUGCAGGAGCAUGUGAUAAUUGA